UGACCUGCCUAGGAGAGCACCCCGCUGCGGCCGUCCUAGGCUCUGGGAAGGGGCCCGCCGCCGUGGUCGGCGUUUGCGUGCACGGCCUUGGUCCCCGCGCGGGCCGACGCUGCCGUGUGAGCCCAUUUUACAGAUGGGGAGCGGCGGCUGCGAGUGCUUGGGCGAAGGGCCUCGGUCCGGUGGUGGCCGCCACUGAGCUUCGCGCGCCGGCCCUGGGUCCGCACACCGGCAGCCUGGAAGCCUGGUGAUGCGUAACCCUGUAUCCCAAGAUCGUUAAACAAGCAUUUUAGUAAUUCCAAGAAAUAGUUCUUGAAAGAACUCGUCAUUGAAUGGAAAUUACUUCUGUAACAGGAUCACCAGUUUGCUCCGCAAGGCACGAUGUCUCGAUCACGACAACCCCCGCUUGUGACCGGCAUCUCUCCAAAUGAAGGGAUACCAUGGACAAAGGUCACCAUCAGGGGAGAAAACCUGGGGACUGGCCCCACUGACCUCAUAGGCUUGACAAUUUGUGGUCAUAAUUGCCUCCUGACGGCAGAAUGGAUGUCUGCAAGUAAAAUAGUAUGUCGAGUGGGACAAGCCAAAAAUGACAAAGGAGACAUUAUUGUCACCACUAAGUCAGGUGGCAGAGGAACCUCAACAGUCUCUUUCAAGCUUCUGAAACCUGAGAAAAUAGGCAUUUUGGAUCAGUCUGCUGUGUGGGUUGAUGAAAUGAAUUAUUAUGAUAUGCGUACUGACAGGAACAAAGGAAUUCCACCCUUGUCCUUACGUCCUGCUAACCCGCUUGGCAUUGAGAUUGAAAAAAGUAAAUUUUCCCAGAAGGACUUAGAAAUGCUGUUCCAUGGAAUGAGUGCCGAUUUUACAAGUGAGAAUUUUUCAGCUGCCUGGUAUCUUAUAGAGAAUCACUCAAACACCAGUUUUGAGCAGCUCAAAAUGGCAGUCGCCAACCUCAAGAGACAGGCUAACAAGAAGAGCGAGGGCAGCCUGGCCUAUGUGAAAGGCGGUCUCAGUACAUUCUUUGAGGCACAGGAUGCCCUCUCAGCCAUCCAUCAAAAACUAGAAGCAGAUGGAACGGAAAAAGUAGAAGGAUCCAUGACGCAGAAACUGGAGAAUGUUCUGAACAGAGCAAGUAAUACUGCGGACACAUUGUUUCAAGAAGUAUUAGGUCGGAAAGACAAGGCAGAUUCCACUAGAAAUGCACUCAAUGUGCUUCAGCGAUUUAAGUUUCUUUUCAACCUUCCUCUAAAUAUUGAAAGGAAUAUUCAAAAGGGUGAUUAUGAUGUGGUUAUUAAUGAUUAUGAAAAGGCCAAGUCACUUUUUGGGAAAACGGAGGUGCAAGUUUUCAAGAAAUAUUAUGCUGAAGUAGAAACAAGGAUUGAAGCUUUAAGAGAAUUACUUCUGGAUAAAUUGCUUGAGACACCAUCAACCUUACAUGACCAGAAGCGUUACAUAAGGUACCUGUCUGACCUUCAUACUCCUGGUGACCCUGCGUGGCAAUGCAUUGGAGCCCAGCACAAGUGGAUCCUUCAGCUCAUGCACAGCUGCAAAGAGGGCUAUGUGAAAGAUCUGAAAGGCAAGGAUUUCUCUUCCAGUGUAUUAUCUAACCCAGGCCUGCACAGCCCCAUGUUGGAUCUCGAUAAUGACACACGUCCCUCAGUGUUGGGCCAUCUCAGUCAGACAGCGUCCCUGAAGAGGGGCAGCAGCUUUCAGUCUGGUCGACACGACACAUGGAGAUACAGAACUCCCCACAGGGUGGCCUUUGUUGAAAAAUUGACCAAACUCGUCUUGAGCCAGCUGCCUAACUUCUGGAAGCUCUGGAUCUCCUACGUUAAUGGAAGCCUCUUCAGUGAGACUGCUGAGAAGUCAGGUCAGAUUGAAAGAUCAAAGAAUGUGAGGCAAAGACAGAAUGAUUUUAAGAAAAUGAUUCAGGAAGUCAUGCACUCCCUGGUGAAGCUGGCCCGUGGAGCCCUGCUGCCCCUCAGCAUCCGGGACGGGGAAGCCAAGCAGUACGGAGGCUGGGAGGUGAAGGGCGAGCUCUCCGGGCAGUGGCUCGCUCAUGCCGUCCAGACCGUAAGACUUACUCAUGAAUCGUUGACUGCCCUUGAAAUUCCUAAUGACCUGUUACAGACCAUCCAGGAUCUCAUUUUGGAUCUCCGAGUACGUUGCGUAAUGGUCACGUUGCAGCACACAGCGGAAGAAAUAAAGAGAUUAGCUGAAAAAGAAGACUGGAUUGUUGAUAAUGAAGGACUGACUUCUCUACCAUGUCACUUCGAACAGUGCAUCGUGUGUUCUCUGCAGUCGCUGAAGGGGGUCCUGGAGUGUAAGCCGGGAGAGGCCAGUGUCUUCCAACAACCUAAAACACAAGAGGAGGUUUGCCAACUAAGCAUUAAUAUAAUGCAGGUUUUUAUAUACUGUCUGGAACAGUUGAGCACCAAGCCUGAUGCAGAUAUAGAUACUACACAUCUCUCUGUGGAUGUUUCUUCCCCUGAUUUGUUUGGAAGUAUCCAUGAAGACUUCAGCUUGACCUCUGAACAGCGCCUUUUGAUAGUCCUAAGUAAUUGCUGCUUUCUAGAACGUCACACCUUCCUAAAUAUCGCGGAACAUUUUGAAAAGUACAACUUCCAAGGAAUAGAAAAAAUAACACAGGUUAGCAUGGCCUCAUUGAAAGAACUAGAUCAAAGACUCUUUGAAAAUUACAUUGAGUUGAAAGCAGAUCCCAUCGUUGGCUCCUUAGAACCUGGAAUUUAUGCAGGAUAUUUUGAUUGGAAAGACUGCCUGCCUCCAACAGGUGUCAGAAACUAUUUAAAAGAAGCACUGGUGAAUAUAAUUGCCGUGCAUGCAGAGGUGUUCACUGUUUCUAAAGAGCUGGUCCCUCGGGUGCUCUCCAAGGUGGUGGAAGCAGUUUCUGAAGAGCUCGGCCGACUGAUGCAGUGUGUCUCCUCCUUCAGCAGAAACGGAGCUUUACAGGCAAGACUUGAAAUCUGUGCUUUGAGGGACACUGUGGCUGUUUACCUGACACCCGAAAGCAAGUCAAGUUUUAAGCAGGCCUUGGAAGCCCUGCCCCAGCUCUCCAGUGGAGCAGAUAAAAAGUUACUGGAAGAGCUCCUGAACAAGUUCAAGAGUAGCAUGCACUUGCAGCUCACCUGUUUCCAAGCAGCUUCUUCAACCAUGAUGAAAACAUAAAUACCUGCCAAAUAAAGGAAGUCCAGGAAAAUAACAAGUAAUAAGACUGUUCACUUUCUAAGUACCCUAAAGGUAUUUGGUGUAUUAAACACUGGGUUUGCCAUUUCUCUCUCUUUUUUCCUUCCUCUGAUUUCGAAAAUUGUUGGUAUACAUUUCAACUAAAAUGACCUCAUUUGAAAUGCCCAAGAAGUAUUUGUUUUGCCAUUCUUACUAGAUCAGAUCCUGUAUGACUUUAAAACACAUUUUAAAAUAUACUUUGCAUCUCAGCAGAAGGUUGAGUGCAGCAGGAAGAGCUGCUUCUGGAGGGAAUGUUCUGGAGUGGCGUGGUACACAUUGAAGCAUUGCUCAGUGUCCCAUUCACGAAAGUACAGGCAGCUCCCGCAACACAUGGAGAGACUGAUUGAUAAGAGGAGAUUUGGAAAGUUAUAUGCAGACAUCUUUGGAGCUCUUGCUGUCCUAACCUGUGCAGCUGUGCUUAAAACCCUUAUUUCGUAUAAAUGGCCUUAAGUUUUCUAAUUCAAGCAGAUUUUUGGAAAAAUUUGUGGUCUCCAUUAAAAUAAAUGUUACAACUAGGGUAGAUUAUUUGUGGUCCAGGUGUCUGUGGUUUAACUUGGCAUUUCGCUAUCUGAUUUUUAUUUUUCACAGGACUAAGCAUUAGCUGUUUUCAUUCUCACUCGCUCUUAAUUUAUGUGCGUCGCUUCACAUCCACGUGUUGCAGUCCCUGAGGCCCUGUGUGUUGUCUGUGAUGGGGUGUGAGUGCCAGUCACUGGGUUACACUCACAGGUGCUGGCGGGGCAGCCACAGACUUCAGGGUCCCCUAAAGGAAAGACCAGGCUCCCCGUGGACGGCCGACUCCCUGCCCACCGCUGCCCCCUCCUUCAGCAGGUGACUGUCUCUCUGCCAUCUCUUACCCGGCGAAGGAUCUUGCUCAGUAGCUGGAAGAAUGCUGCUCUCACACAGUCUCUUCUCGGAAACUUCAGGAUGCUCCUUGGUCACCAGGCAGUGGGAGCUGUAGAUUAGCUGCGUGCACUUGCCCCACGUUCACUGCUGACUGGCUUUACUGGAACAGGUUCAGGUCACCGUGACUUCUCUCACAGUCAGCCUCCCGCCAACGUCAUCACACUGUUGCAUCUGAACACUGAGGAAUUCUCUACUUGUAGUUGGCUUGACAGGGUUUUCAAAAUUGUCUAAGGUUAUUUUAAAGUCUCCUUUUUUAAAUGCUAAAAUUAAUGUCCUCAUUAAUGCAAGUAAUUUUAGGGCACAGUGUAGCCAUGUAUAGUUUCCAUUAUUUAAAAUAAAUAAAUGUGUUGGUUCAUUUGGUGUAUGGGGGAAUCAUAGUAACUGGAAAUGAAAGUUCGAUCUUUUAUAAAUGUGCUUGAUAAAGCUGUUAAGAAAUACACAGAAUAUUGUCUUUCCUAAGUCUGUUAACUGUUGUCUAUAACUCAACUAUGAGCUAAAUUUAAAAACUACGACCAUUAAUGUUUGUGUUGUUUUAAAUAUCUAGUGCAGCACAUUCAGCCAAUAAAGAAUCUGCCUUUAA